AUGCCCGUUCACAGCCGCGAUCUGGAAUUACCUGGUAUGGAAAGGCCCUGGUUUUACCAAAAUAUAAAUAAUCAGUUGCGCGAGGUUCAAAAACAACAAGAAGGUGGAACCAGCAAACUUCGAACACAGUUACAUUUGACACAGGUUGUCUUCCAUGUACGUGGGUCGUCAGGGUCGAAAGUUAAGGAAAGAGCGGAAUAGUAGUAUUCUUUCAGAAUAUUCUUGAAGGUGGCAAGAGAAGAUUUGUUGUGGUUUUGGGUUAUUUCUUUCGGUAGUGCGUUCCAUGUCCGUGUUGAUUGUAUGUAAGAUCUGCUGUACGUUGAUGUUCUGUAUCGUUGCUCUUUGAAGGUAGUACCAACCGCAUUACGCGACAAUCUUGUUGAUCUCUCAGAUUUCUUUGAUUUCGGUAGGAAAGUAUCGUUCACAUGGAUAAGAUUGUUUAUUAGUUUGAAGAAAAAGACCAUGUCUAAGUACUCAUUAAGUUACAUUGAAUUAGUCUGUCUUUGUAUGAGACGUCGGAGUUAAAUGGCAGAUGGAGAAUAUAUUUAGUUGCACGUCGCUGAACCGGUUCAAUCUUUCUUAUUUGCUCUACAGUUUGAGGCGCCCAGACUUGCGUCGCGUAACCAAGAUGAGCACGUACAAUUGUUAAAUAAAUUGUUCGUCUUAUUGUGAGAGACUUUAAAUCUUUUGUUGUUCUUUUCACGUACCCCAAGAUCUGGUUUGCUUUUGUACUCUGCGAUUCUACCUGCUUCUUCCACGAUAGAUCAGACGAGAUCCAUACUCCAAGGUCACGUUCUUGGAAACAGUGGUCGAGCUGCGUAUUUCCCAUGGAGUAUGAGGCCAUAAUGGGCUUUCGUUUACGCGAUAUUGUCUGAACUUUACAUUUAGACUGAUUAAACAUAAGAUCAGAAGACGAUGACCAGUUGUUUAUAUUGGUCAGAUCUUCUUGUAGGAUAGAGCUGUCUGCUUCACACGAUAUGCAUUGGAACAAUUUGGUAUUGUCUGCGAAGGUUGCAAUUGUAGACGAGGAUAUCGCAUCGGGUAGAUCAUUAACGUAAAGCAGAAACAGGAUUGGACCCAAGAUAGAUCCUUGUGGUACUCCGGAUGUCACGGGCGUCGACGUAGAUGUUGACCCUAACGCUGUCACUUUUUGUCGACGAUGGCGAAGAUAGGACUGGAACCAAGAAAGCAGGCCACCGUUGAAUCCAAAACUACGGAGUUUAUCGAUCAUCUUCGUGUGAUUCACUUUAUCGAAUGCACUUUAUGUGAUUCACUUUAUCGAAUUUUUUAUUCUACACCGCAAGCUAGCUUUCUCCGCAGGCAACUCGGUGGCCAAAAGGCAGAAUUAUGCUAUGCUUAUAGAAUCUGAUGGGGUAACAGGGAUCAUGAGGGAUAAUUGUGUAGUGAGGAUAUUUUCAUUACUGUCACGCCCCUACACGUCCCCCUCAAUCUGCUAAAUAGUGCGCAUAUUUCGCGGCCGUUGCUUUCCAACAAGUUGCCUGUGGAGGAAGCUAACCGCAAUCAAUCAAAUAUUUAAUCAAGGCGCCUAAACAACAUACAUAACUAAAACUAAAUACACAUGUAGGCCCUAACAGGAUGAACUUGUGGAUAGAGAUUAGCUCUAUAAUCCAGAGAUUCCGGACUCCUGCACAGGUCACACGGAUUAAAAAUAGAUCAGAAGUAUAUUAUUUUAAUAUCCAUUAAAUCUCACAAAAUUAUUUGAAAUUUGAUAUUCAACUGAAAGUCUUAGCUGUGUCAUUUUAAUUAAGCACCAAGUUAGCGUGUGAGAAGAUGAAACGACCACGGCGUUUUGAAAUCAGGUCUACAUGCACUGGUUGUUGAACAGAGGUUGAUUGAGACAGAAGAUUUGUAAAAACAAUAGCGAGCUUUAAGCAAGCAACGUUUUGUCAACAUGGACGUCACCCGAAAAUUGGUAUAACUAAUUGUGGCGCCAUUUUGCAUCAUAGCACUCGUGUAAUGAAGCGAAAAACUUUAAUAAAAGACUUUCAUAUGUGUUGACGAGUACCACAAACUGACACAAACACAGUUUUUAAUCCAGUCCCCCCUCGGCAAUCUGACGUCCGUGUUGACAAAAAUGUCGCCAAAAGAGCAAGAACGUAAAAAUACUGUAAAAAUACCAAGUCUUAUUCUUCAAAAACACUUCGUCUUAUUCUUAUUCUUCAAUUCAAGUGUUAUUCUUCAAAAACACUUCAUCAAGUAAAAAACAGUGAAAAACCUGAGCAAAAACGGUAAAAAGUCGAGGCCAUAAAGCCAAAAAAUUAAAAAUACAACCAGAAGUUCAGGUUUUGGCGCGAAAAAUGAAGGCGUGAAAAGAUUAGAUUAUCUUCCAGCACGGUAAAAAACCCGAAAAAUGGAUGGGAAGAGCUGACCGUUUACAAAGAGAACAAGAGACUAACGAACUACUAUAUAGUACGCACGCAAAUUCCUCUGAGUAGACAAACUACGCACAUAUAGUACGUCUUGAGGGACGAUCCGUGUGUUUACCCGCGUUUAUAAACAGACGAAUUAUAUAUUAUAUUAUAUUAUAUUAUUUUAUUUUAUUUUAUAUUAUAUUAUUAUAUUAUAUUAUAUUAUAUUAUAUUAUAUUAUAUUAUAUUAUAUUAUAUUAUAUUAUAUUAUAUUAUAUUAUAUUAUAUUAUAUUAUAUUAAAUCCUGUAUAUUAUUAUAAAUCCUGUAUAUUCUAUAUAUUCUCUGGUUUCAUUUGACGUCACGUGGGGGCCAAGGGCUUGGUUGUAUUUUUCGCGCCAAAACCUGAACUUCAGGCCUAUAGUUUGUGUAAAGGGCAAAGGACGGCUUUUAUAUUAUUUUAUAUUGGCUUUUAUAAUAGUUGGAGAAGUCAUUUACAUACGAUUCGUUGACAACCUUUUUGUUUCAUGGUUGCUUCAGUUGACCCCAGUUCAAUGAUUGACCCCCAGUUGAGUAAAUUAUCACUGAAAAUUAUGCUAAAACGUCAAGUGGUUGAAACUCGAGAAUAGCCACUGUUUCUUACUGUGAGCCCAGAAGAGGAGCUUCAAAAACAGCCGAGUCAUGAAAACAAACUACACAUGCGCACAGUGGAUACGCUGGAUACUUUGCGAGGUGUUUGCCAAGAUAUUGCCCCUCUUUUGUUGCUGAAAGUCUUAGCCUCACGACUAUUAGUCAGCAAUUACAUGUAUUCCAAGGCUUUUUAGAAAUUAUUGGGGACGAUUGACUCCUCCCGGUCCCUUUAGUGUUUGCCACUAAUGGCGAGGCCAUGUGCACAUCUAAAAGGCUAACGGGCUUGAACGAGACCACGAAGAGAGUCCCGCAUGAAAAACCUAACCUGGAUGCAUAUAUAAUAGUUAAUUAUUGGAUGGAGGCAUGUGUACUGUAUACUGUGUUUUUGUAUAAAAAUAAUUAACGCUUGGGUUUGACCUUCUUGACAGGUCUGAGUGUAAGAAUUUCACCUAAGAAAUCCACCCAAUAUCGGGGUCAAUAUGUCGUAUUCCAUUGUUAUGUAACUGGAAAUCCGGUGCCAAUAGUCACGUGGUACAGCAAGGGCAAGGAUAUUACUCGUGAUCCACGAACUGAGAUUGGUAAAGUCCCUGGAGGGUAUAUAAUGAGAUUGGGUCCAGUUCAUCCAUUCUUUGAUAACGGUACGCUAGAAUGUCGAGGAAAAAAUGGUGUGGAUUCUCCAGUAUCUGACAAAGUGGAACUUCGCGUACUGCUAAAAACCUUUGGUAAGUUGUCAAGUCUCUGAUAUUUACCUAUCCUGUUAUGUAUCAGAGAUGUGUCAGGUACAUCUAGGCCAAAGUAUUGUGACAUACUGGUACAUUUAUGUUACAUUCACUUUCACUGUAGUGGUAAAUUUGUUUACUGCAGUAUCCGGCAGUAUCUCUUGGUAUCAUAGACGGAUUUUGUGUGUGUGUGUGGGGUGCCACCCAAUAUUAGAUAUAACCCCACCAAACAAAAUGUCCACCCCUCCAAAAAAAUUUUCAACCCCCCCCCCCAAUAUUCGGCAUAAUAAAAAAUAAUUAAAUAGUCCACUCCAAUGUGCAGAGUGUUGAUGAUACAAAAUAAACGUGAGAGUACACUCAAAUAGAAAAAGACAGUGCAAUACUCUGAAACUAAUCGCUCCUCGCUUGCAUUCACUGAUCUAUUGGAGCAAUUGUAAAGUUUUGAAACUCUAUUAUCUCCCCUGAAUAGAGUUUUCAGUGCCUUGUCAUGCAAAUAGCUUGCUUGCAAGGAACGUUUGGAAUUUUUACGAACAUUAUUUUUAGCUUUUAAUUCUUUUAGGAAAUAGACUUGCCUAGAUUUAAUCUUUACGCCCCAAAUAUUAUUUACAUUGGAGUUGCAUCAUAAAUUGUACUCGGAUUCAAACGAUACAUUGUCAAUGACUUUAUAAAAGUAAAAGCAUAUUGUGUAUUGGCCUAUUGGGUUUACACUUUUACAGGUUCUUUUAACUUUAACUCCCUCAAGUCUCAACAGACAAUCGGACAUGCCAAAUCCAUUGAUAUGACAACUUCAAAAAACUUUUUUUCGAAGCUAGAAAUCAUGAUUUUUUUCAAAUUUUUCCAAGGGUAAAAAUUUGUUUUCUGCUCUCUAGAUUCCCCUUCGCUGCUCUAGUGCUCCACCCCUAGAAUAUAGAUAGACCUUACUGGGGUUUGGUGACACUUUGUGUUGUUUCAGUCACCUGCUCACGGCUCACCCCCCUAAAAUUUCGGGCACCACCCCAGUAAAAAAUAUGAAAAUCCGUCUAUGCUUGGUAUUUAUGAAAAUGUAGUCGAGCAGGCGAGCAAAUUUUAUCUAAAUAAAUGAAAUAGAAAAUUAAUAUUGAUGUUCAAGGGUCAGGCACUCUCGAUCAUCUAACGUCAGAGAGCGUGUCCUGAAGGGCGGGAGCCUGGAGGGGAGCAGCAGGGGCAACUGGCCCCCUCGCUAGAGAAAAUUGAAGUUAUUAAUUUUAUAAUGAUAUUAAAAAUGUGGGCUCGCAUUAAAAUCGUAUGUAUGUGAUUUUAUGUCCAUUUUCGACACAUGUUUGGGAAAUUCAUAUUGGGAAAACAUUUUAUGUAGCUACUGUACACGGUCCUGGUCGCAAAGAAAACAAACUAACUUUAAUUUCUUUCAGUGUUACUGGACCCAAACCUGCCUCCUGGAAUCCCCAAACCGUUGGCACGUUAUAACCCAAAUCUUGAUGUUUACGUUGGCGCAAAUAUUACCUUGGUUGUGAAUGUUAGUGGAAAUCCCUUGCCUAAGAUCACUUGGUUUAAAGACAAAAGGUUACUGGAUUGGAGUAAUACCAGAUUCACUCUGUUGAAGAAUAAUAGUUUGAGAAUAACCAAUGCUCAGGUUGCAGACCAAGGCAGAUACGACUACAUGGCUGAAAACAAUAAAGGGCAAAUAUUUCCAAGACCUUGGAUUGUUGGGGUGGAUUGUAAGUAAUGUCUACAACGUGAGGGGCUGUUUUGUAAACAAACAAGGGCUUGUUAAAACCAUUUGUAUAGUCAUAAAGCACUAAAAAUGUAUCUAAACCAUGGAUAACUAAGGGAAUAUAUAUAAGGGAAUUAAUAUAAGGCGUUAUACAAAGAUCGACAAUAAACUUUCUACACAAUCUGUGGAUAAAUAUAUUGUGUAUAAAGUACAGUAUAUAUGGAUAAUCGUGGUCAAUUUCCAUAUUAAAGGGUAUGAGCAACAAAAAUUUUAUUGCUUCAUCUGAAAGAGCAUGAAAAAAUAAGCCGAUUGGCCGUUUAAUGCUCUAUUCUAUCUCAUCUGGUUCCGAAGUUAUACGCAAAAAUGUGUAAAAUAUAAAUUGCUGAUUCAGUACAACAUGUGACGUCGUAAGCUGGGUAAGUAUGUUAACUUUAUUGAAUAGUAAACUGAAGCAUAGCUCAGUUAUUAUUGUCUCAAAUCAAAUGAAAUUUUGCAUACAGAUAGUACAUGAUGAGACGCAUGGGAAAAUACUUCUAAUUUUGUUGUCAAGGCAACAUAGUCGUUCCCAGGCCCCUUACACUGAUUUUGAAUAACUAGUUGCAUUUAUCUAUGUGUAUGUCAUUUUCGAAUUAUUAUCAUGCAAGUAAACUUUUGGCAUGCAUAGGCAUGGUACACAUACUUCUGAUAUUAUUUUAUUCUUAUAAGUACCAUGAAUAAAGCUGUUUUAUAAAAUUGGCGCAAGGGGCCUGGGAACGACAUUGUUCCCUUGGCAACAAAAUUAGAAGUGUUUUUCAAUACGUCUCAUCAUGUACAAUCAGUAUCCAAAAUUUCAUUUGAUUUGGGCCCAUAAUAACUGAGCUAUGCUUCAGUUUAGUAUUCAUUAAACAUACUUACCCAGCUAAUGACGUCACACGUUGUGCUGAAUCAGCAAUUUAUAUAUUUGCGCAUUUUUGCGUAUAACUUCGGAACUAGAUGAGAUAGAAUAGAGCAUUAAACGGCCAAUCGGCUUAUUUUUCCAUGCUCUUUCAGAUGAAGCAAUAAAAUUUUUAGUUGCUCAUACCCUUUAACAUCCUCAAUUAUCAUAUAUACAGUCCUAACCCUAGUCGAAUCCCUUAUCCCUAACACUGAAUUCCAACCCUAAUCCUUGUAAUGUAAUUUCGUGAUGGUAAUAUUGAAGUCACCCAAAUAGUAACAAAAGUUUUUUAAAAAUUGGCUACUUUUUCCUCACGCUCAUUCAGAUUUGACCUUUCACUGUUUCACUUAUUAGUUAUUUAACUUUAAUCAUAGUCUAAUACCCACAUUAUUUUAUUCGUAUAGAUAUUAAAACAAAACCAGGAUUCAAACCAGGACUAAAAAAUCAAGUUGUCGACCCAGAAACAGACAUUGUGUUAAACUGCUUAGCCACAGGUUACCCCAAACCAGAUGUCUUAUGGAAAAACAGUAAAAAUCGUACAAUACAAGAAGAUGGAUUUCUCCGCAUCACAAACGUCCGAAAGUCUGAAACAUACAGAUGUUUUGCAAAAAAUGAACUAGGUAACGCGACGAUUUCAGUGAAUGUGACUCUUAGUGGACUACCUUUUGCACCAAGAAAUCUCAAACGAAAGUCUCAAACAGGCUAUUCUCUGACUGUGUCGUGGCAAGAUGGCGAAGCCGGGACAAAGAUUGAUUAUCAUGACAUUAACUACCGUAAGAUAGGUGAUCUGUAUUGGAGAACUGCAUAUGAUAUACCAGGAAAUUUGAGAGAAUACCGUCUAGAUGAUCUGAAUGCGUACACUGAUUACGAAGUACAAGUGUUUGCCCGGAACAAAGUUGGAAAAAGUAAAGGAAGUAAAAUUAUUAACAUAAUGACGAAUGAAACUGGUGAGUUUAUGAAAGUAUCUUAGUUACAGUAUGUUUUGUGAUGAUAGUGAUGAUCAGGUUGAUUGCCGUUUCUCUGGAGCAUAGAGAUAAUAUAUAUAGAAUGCGCACUCUUUUCUCAGUGAAAAUUCUGUCUCCACAAAAUAGCGGAUUUAUAAGGGUAUUUUGGCUCGUCCCAAUCUCCUGUAGCAGUUGUAAUUAAGGAGUGC